AUGAAGUCUCUUAAUGAUGAACUUCAAAACGCUAAAAACUCUAAUGAUGACUCUAAUAAAUCUCUAAUAUCAUCUUUAGAAGCUGAAAUACAGCGCUAUAAAUCCAACAAAGAUGACUGCACUAAGUCCCAUUUCAUGGAUGAGCAGCGUAUGUCCUCCCUUGAGGCGGAAGUGCAGCAUGGCAUCGAUGUUAUUGUGAAGCUUACACAGUUUAGUGGCUCUGAAAAGAGCAUUGUAGACCUAAUUGAGAAAGAGAUUGCGAGGCUUACAAAGCAGCAAAAAAACUGUGAAACCUGUCAAAAGUCUCAUCCCUCUGCUGACUGUCCUCAGCAUAAAAAGCUUGAGGAGCUUAAAGAGAAACGUGAUGAAAUUAGCACUAAUAAAGAUAAUAAUCCACGUGAUUUACUUGAUAACCUCUGCACAGGCCUCGAAAAAUUUCUCGGCUUCAGUAAGGGGAAUUACACCGGAGAGGGCAUCGUGUACUCGGACCUUGACAGGCUGUGUGACGGGGUGAUGGCGUUCCUUCAUGGUGUUUUAGAUAACAUUCAGCCUAAAUUAGGCUUACAUAGAAAUAAUAUUCAAAGUGCAAUUAUGUCCCUUGAAGCCAAUAAACAUCUUGGCAAAGAGGGUUUUAAUACUGCGAUUCAAGCAGUGGUCACGGGGGUGAGGCAGUAUAAUGAUUUUGUUCAGGUUAGUAACGACAGUGUAAAAGAUCCAAUUAAUAAUUUACUUGUGCAGGUUGGAGAAGAGUUCAGGAAAAAUGUUUCUGCAAUAUUACCCGAGAAGGAUCAAGACAACGCCGGACGAGUGGAAGUGGCCAAGGAGCAAGUGGACAGGAAGCUGGAGCAGUGUAAGGAGAACGCCAAGACAUUUAAUGAAGCUUUUAACUUAGACACUAAUAUAGCCAUGAAAAACGCAGUUAAUGAUCUUAAUCCUAAAUUACAUGACAGUGUAUUAGUAGCUGCGAAAGCAGUGAAGCAUGAGACUAGCCGACUGGAGGAGUUGGCUACGAGGGAGCACACAGACAUGUGUGCCACAGUAGCUUUGGUAAAAUCGACGCUUGAAAGUGCCAGAGAUUGCGUGAAUAAGACGAUAAGAGAAGAUGUGACAAAGCUUGUCAACAGGUUUAGAGACACUGUUCAGAGCUUUUUGGCGCAGCUGAGGCACAUUGAAAGUAAGCUGCGGCAGUACAUCAGCAAGCUGGGAGAGUGGAUUAGCAAGGUGGAAGAACUACUAAAAUCGGCGGAUAAAAACGUGAAAACUGUAUUGAAUGAGGUUAAAGAAGGCAGCGGCUCCAGUAUGUUUCCCACUCAGAUUAAAUCCAUUGCCGAUCAGAUUAAGUCGGACGCGGAGCACCUUGAAAGGGUUGCGAGCUUCGCUAAGGAGGAAGUUACUGCAAAAGUCAAGGAGGCGUUAAUUGCGGUGAACACAAUGAACAGUCAGCUUAUGGGCGACCUGCAGACGAUGAACACGCAAAUUAAGGCAGGGGUAAAAGAGUAUGUUGAGAAGCUGGGAGAGGCGUUUAAGGCUGGGAUGAAAGAGGCGGUAAACUAUGAUCCUUUCGAUGCUGAUGGUAAUACAGGAGGAAAGGGUGUUGCAGCUUUCAAAAAGGCUCUUAAAAGUAAGAGUGUUGAGUUUAAGAAUUUGCUUGAGUUGCUGAAUGGCUCAUCUAAGGCGCCCGACAAUCCUGCUUACGGUUUAGAAUGGGCUCUGCAUUCAAUGCGCGGCCAUCUAUCUCAUCAUCUGAAGCAAUCCUCUCCACUUAUUACGAAGAUUAUAGCUGACCUUCAGGCUCCCAUUGAGGAGCGGUUUGGGCCGACUGUAGGUACCGUCGUUAACUUAAAAAACAAACCAAAAAUUUUACAGACUUAUCAAAGCCAUGUUGACCAAAACAGCCUGACUGAACUUUCGAACGGUAUUCUAAAACUGACUGCAGGCGAUGGCAACAAGCUCCCCAAGGCGAUCAAAAAAAUUCAACAAGAUGUAACCGAAGCGCUGACGCCACUAGAGGGCAUCGAAAACGGCCUGGCACUGACUACCUUCACAGUAAAGAGCAAACUUGAUGAGAUGAUGAAAGCUAUUUUGAAAGCCGGGGAAGCCGCCGAAUGGAACAUAUUCAACCUGAAAAAUGAAUAUUUCAAAGACUCCAAACAGAAUUACAAAGACGCGGCAAACAGCAUUAAGAAAAUAAAGUAUGAACUUGAAACGUUACUCGGCAGUCUGUCGAAUGGCCCAAUCCAGGACGCCGAUAAGUUCAUAAAAAGUCUCGACCUGACGUGCGAAUCUACAAUCCAGGUACUCGAGAACCACGUGAAAAAGGAGGUCAAAACCGCUGAAGACACACUGACGACUCACGCAAGGAAGCAAUACGUGACUAAUAUUAAGAAUUUAUUAACCAAAUUCGCCGACAAGGUGCAGAGCGAAUUGGAUCCUUUGCCAGCAGAAAUAAAUUAUGAUUUAACGAUAGGUCAAAAGGGAUUUAUGAAGAAAAUACAUGACUAUUUUGCUAGCCCAAUGAAUGACUUCUUCCCGAAACGUGUCGUUUCAACUGAGCAACCAAAAACAUUGAAGGAUUUUGCCGAUAAAAUAAAUCACUGUUUUAAUCAUUUCAUGCUACGGCUGCAAGACCAAGAUGAUUACAAGGAUGCGCAUUCACACUUCAAGCCUCCGCACGAAUCGCUCAGCAGACUGCUGAACAAGCUUGUUGACUCCAAGCAUUUCGAUCAUAAAUUCAGCGAUAACCUUGAACGCCUCCGCAGGAGGCUGGCUGAGUGCGGACCUAAACAGUUUGGUGAGACAUCCACUGUUUUGUUGGAGGCGCUUAAAAAGGGAACGGUAGCGUUGGCUUCUCAGCUUGGCAACGCAUAUGUUAGCACGUACUCCGGUGUAGAGUUUGCCGAUCAGUUGUGGGCCACUAAAAAGGGUUCAGAGCCAAAAUCCGAAUUGACCGACGAGGGAAGAAACUGCGCCCAGGCGUGUCUCACCCUCUUGGCAACCUUGCAUAACGAUUUUACCGUACUGUUGAAGGAACGUAAAACGUAUUGGAACAAAAAUAUUUGCCUCCUUACCAAAGCCGGAGAGGAGAAUGCGUUUGGUCACUUGCUCCGUGAAUGCGGUUUCCGUGUCCCCUCCAAGGAAGGCAUUCAGGACGGCGAGUUAAACUGCCACGAGGACAGAGACAGUACAUUCAUCCAUGACCUUAUCACCAAACAAAAUCUCGUUAAACAGGAGGACGAAAAGGAAGAUGAGGCAAGCAAAAAGCAUCACAGCAUUAUCAGAAAACUCUUCGACCACCUCCACUCUUAUUAUGAAGUCCGCCAUCUCGAUCGUCCGUCGUCACCUAAGGCCCCCAGUAAUAUACAACAAAUGCUCACAUGGCUGACCGGCCUGCCACAUAAUCACGUUUACCAGGAUUUACUAAUUGACGGUCUCAGCAGCCUGUUUGAGAAACCAAAGGGGGAAGCCAAGGGAAGCAGUAAGGACACUAUCACUGUCUCAGUCGAAGGCGGCAUCAGUCCGGGAGUCAAGACAGCCGCAUUGGUCAAGGAUCCCGACACCCUGGAUGCGUAUCCACAACCGAUCACAGCCUCUAAUCUCAGAGAUAAACUUACAGCAGUAUGCCAGUAUUCUCACCAUGUGCUCACUUCAGUUCUUGGUCAUGGUCACGCCGACGGUAUUUACGCCUGUGAAUUUAGCACCAAUUCACAAGGUUUCCUAUACCCGUCUAGCAUGAACACAUUAAUCUGUACCUUGUAUGAUAUCCUCCAACGUGUUUACGAACAGUGUUACUUCCUGUACCAAAUGUGUACGCACGACACUACAUUGAGUGGGUGUAAAGAUUGUUGGUACGGCAGCGGUGUCGGUGGCUCCAGUUGGAAGUGUAACAGCUUACAGUGUGCCAACCAAAUAUGUGACCAGACACAUAACCAAUGUGGUAACCAACGUGCUGACCUAAGUGCUGACCAACGUUGUGACCAAUGUGUUAGUUGUGGCCUAAAAUCCCCUCUCCAGUCGUUCCUGGAAGAUGGGUUACAAGGCUUCCUACCGCACAUCCUAUCAUCAAGCAACGGCAAACUCAACUGCGCAGUCAAAAACCAUUUCAACGUGCCGUGUAAAACGCCGAUGGGCUUUGCCGAUAUCACUACUGUAGCAUCGCAUCGACAAACAGGCCAAUGUAUUUUUGACGCACUUCAUGCUUUCUGUGGCAGGAAGUCAUCUCCCCUUACUGCACUUCUCAGUCAACUGAGAUGUGUCCUACCAAGCGCACCUAAAACGCUCGGUGACAUGUUCGGGUUCUACUACAGUCUACUCAAUGGAUGGAAUGCCAAAAGCACACUGAGUGAUAUACGUAACCAACACAGGGAAACCGCUUAUGGAGAUGCUGUCAGAAAAGCAAACUUCAAACGGGACGAUACGACGUUGGACAUUACCACAAUGUUCGGUAACACUAAUCACCGCUCCGGAAAAUACACGCCACACCACGAUGGAGACCUAUAUUCACUUGUUCUCUGUAAAUCAAAAACCCCUGCAUACGACACCUGCGGUCCAUAUAUCAAACCAAUAUGUCGUGACAUAUGCGGUAUGUUUGCCGAAAAGCAUGCUGAAUCAUUCUACGAUUUGCUGAAGCAGUUGUAUGAAACAUGCAACAGCAAGUGCGGCAAGAAAGAAACAAAGUGCUAUGUAAAAAGCUGUGCAAAUGGCUGCGCAAAGAAGCAGUCAAAUGGCAAACCAAACGACAAAAUUCACGAUGCUUCAUGUAGUUCAAUUGUUAGCUGCAAGACAAUGCUUCCCACUUUAUACAGCUAUGGAUUCGUCUUCGACGACACGGAUGCUCUAAACGGAAAUGGCAAGACAAGCACUAAAAAAACGUGCGCAGAUCUAUGCAGAACAUUGGAGAGAAUAUGUCACGGCAAAUCCGUGCUUGCAAAUAUAGUAAUUAACAAAAUUCCAGAAUUCCUCUGGAAAAUCAGGGCACCUUACAUAUGGACUCUGUUAGCCCUCUGGUCGCUCUCUUUGCUCUACCUGCUGCACAUCACCGUCGUCCGCCUCGACGUGCUGAGGAUACGCUCCCACCUGCGAUCACCCUCAAGCCACCGCAUCGCCGCGCAGUCCCUCCUCGCCGCCGCACGCGUCAGGGCACUCGCCAACGUCAAGUACUUCUCACCAUAA